AGUAAAAAACCGUCAUCCUUGAAUUACAAUCCCGCAAAAUCACGAUAACCCAUCCAACCAAACACUCCAAACCAUGCAACCCAAAUCUCCUCUCUCACUCUUCUGCCUCUCCUCCUUCCUGGCAUUCUCAUCAAUCUCUUUCCUCCUCUUCGCCAAUCUGACAGCGUCCGAUCCACAGUCCCAAUUCCUCGACAUAGGUUGCAGCUUAUACAACGUGACAAGCCGGGCGGCCUUCUUCAACAACAUCAACGCCACGUUCGCCGAAAUCCGGUCCAAGCUCAACUCUACUGCCCGGUUCGCUACUGCAGAUCGGGCCCGCGCCUCCAAUCCGCUCUAUGUACUCUUCCAGUGCAGAGGCUAUCUCUCCACAUCCGACUGCCUCGCUUGCUUCACUGUCGCGGCAGUACAUAUCCGGAACUGCUCAGCUGCAAAUGGGGCUCGCAUUUCCUAUGACGGAUGCUUUCUGAGGUACGAGAGCAAUAACUUCUAUGGUGAGACGACAGCGCUGGGGAAUUUUGGGAGAUGUGGGAAUGGAACGGCGUCGAAGGUGGUAGGGUUUAAUCAAACGGCUGAUAAGCUGCUGAGGGAUCUUACGGUGGCGACGCCAAGGAUAAACGGGUAUUUUGGGGCAGCAAGAAGGGAAGGGGCGGGGGGUGCUGUGGUGUACGGGGUGGCGCAGUGCGUAGAGACGGCGAGUGAGACAGGGUGUGGGGAUUGCUUGAGAGUGGCUUAUGGGAAUAUACAGAGGUGUCCGCCGGAUGGGAAUGGGAGGGGCGUGGACGCUGGGUGUUUUUUGAGGUACUCGGACAAGGAGUUUUUCAGCCUCAAUCAAACGGUGGAUAUCGAGCGUUUCUUGACAGGGAAAUCAAGCAAGAGGAAGAAAGCCAUAAUAGGAGGUGCUGUGGGAGGAGCUGCUGCUAUCCUAUUAUUUCUCGUUUUGUUGCUAUUGCUUCGACAUUCCAAAAAGACUAAGAAGAAGCCUCAGAAAGGAGACAUAUUAGGGGCAACCGAGUUGCGUGGCCCAGUAAAUUUUCGUUACAAAGAUCUGAAAAUUGCAACCAAAAAUUUCAGCCAAGAAAAUAAACUGGGAGGAGGAGGCUUUGGAGACGUAUACAAGGGUGUUCUGAGAAAUGGGAAAAUAGUGGCUGUGAAGAAACUUGUAUUAAGCCAAUCCACUACUGCCAAGGAAGAUUUCGAGAGUGAAGCUAAGCUUAUAAGCAAUGUUCAUCACCGGAAUGUCAUCCGCCUGCUGGGAUGUUGUAGCAGAGGAACUGAACUGCUUCUUGUUUACGAAUUCAUGGCGAAUAGCAGCCUUGAUAAACUCUUAUUCGGUGAGAGACGUGGAACCCUUAGUUGGAAACAGCGGUUCGAUAUAAUCAUUGGAAUGGCUCGUGGCAUUGCAUAUCUACACGAUGAAUUCCAUUCCCGCAUCAUACACCGAGACAUCAAGUCCAGUAAUAUACUCCUCGAUGAUGAUUUACAGCCCAAAAUUGCUGAUUUUGGCCUGGCAAGGCUUCUUCCAGAGGACAAGAGUCAUCUUAGUACCAGAUUUGCAGGAACCUUGGGGUACACAGCACCUGAGUAUGCAAUACAUGGACAGUUAACUGAGAAGGUUGACACAUACAGCUAUGGUGUGGUCGUCUUGGAAAUCGUAAGUGGUGAAAAAAGUAACGAACCAAUGCGUGAACCGGAAAAACAAUACCUACUUGAAUGGGCAUGGAAUCUUUAUGAGAAAGAUGCACUGAUGGAGUUGGUCGAUGAGAACUUGGACCCAAAGGAGUACACAACAGAUGAAAUCAAGAAAGUUAUAGAGAUAGCUCUCAUGUGCACCCAAUCCUCAGUCGCUUCAAGGCCAACCAUGUCUGAAGUCGUGGUUCUGCUGCUGAGCAAAGGUCAGGUUGUGAUUGAGCCCACUAGACCCACCUUUGUAGAUGCUACCACUAAAGUUGAUGGAGAAGUGUUCACCUUGGAUGUGUAGUCCACAUUGAAUGUUACCAUGUCAAUGUCUCUGCCCGAUCAUUGACAUGUAACUAUGCAAUUGUGGUCCUGCUAAGACUAUGAGGAAAACAAAUAGUAGGAGAAUAAUUAGACGAGGUUAUGCUAUGCAAAGGCUGUGUAUGUAAUAACUGGAAGUGCUAUUAGAGAUGAAAAUGGCAAGAUCUGGACAUGCUUGUCUAGUCGGGUCCAGUUGGGAAGAUUUAAAUAACGUGGAAUCUAUAGCCGUGGUUGUCUUUAGAGCAGCUUUCUUCUUUGGAAGCUUGCGUUCAUCUUUGAUGAAUUUGUAGGGAGGUGAAUGGCAUUGCCGAAUUGCUUGCUUGGUAAGGAGUUUGUAGAGAUUCACUUUUUAAUGAAGGUGUAUGGUCCUCAGCU